CAAUAACAACACAAAGAAGACGGUGUUUCUGGAAAAUGUCUGAGUACGCGACGGUCCAGAAGAGUGCCCUGAAAUUAAAAGGAAUAGGAGCUGUUUCAUCAGGGAAAAAAAAGAAGAAGAAGGAUAAAGAGAGCAAGCAUCUUUUGGAACAAGUUGUGACCAGUCAAAACGAUGAGGAGGUGAAAACGAAGAAGGCAUAUAUUGACAAAAGGACGCCGGCUCAAAUUGCUUUUGACAAGAUGCAAGAGAAAAGGCAAAUGGAGAGGAUUCUGAACAAAGCAUCAAAAACACACAAACACAGAGUUGAGGAUUUCAAUCGCCACCUGGACACCCUUACUGAACAUUAUGAUAUUCCCAAGGUCAGCUGGACCAAAUAGUGGAGGAACAUACUAUGCUUGUGCAAAAAUCUUUCAUUUCUGGAAUUUUAGUUAUUGCUACUUUUGUAUACUUGCAGAAUUUGUUCUGUUGCUAUUCACUCAUGUUCUUGUAAUUCAGUGUAUUUAAUAAAACAUAUAAGUAAA